UCCUUUUUUUUUUUAAAGAGUAUUUAAUGAACCCCCCCCCACACUUAAGGGGUGAAAAUGGCAGGCUUCCUGGAUAAUUUCCGUUGGCCAGAAUGUGAAUGUAUUGACUGGAGUGAGAGGAGAAACGCCGUGGCUUCUGUGGUAGCAGGUAUAUUGUUUUUCACAGGCUGGUGGAUAAUGAUUGAUGCAGCUGUGGUCUACCCUAAGCCAGAGCAGCUGAACCACGCCUUCCACACGUGCGGUGUGUUUUCCACGUUGGCUUUCUUCAUGAUAAAUGCUGUGUCCAAUGCUCAGGUGAGAGGUGACAGCUACGAGAGCGGCUGUUUAGGAAGAACAGGUGCUCGUGUUUGGCUCUUCAUUGGUUUCAUGUUGAUGUUUGGGUCACUUAUUGCUUCCAUGUGGAUUCUUUUUGGUGCAUAUGUUACCCAGAGUAAGUAUUUAUUUCUCUUUUAUUUUAUAGGAGAGACUCAUAUUUGGCUUAGUCUGUUAACUCCAUCUGAAGUAAAAUUUGGUUUACUCAGUUAUCUUGAAGAAGUGACUGCAUGAAGACAGCCAGACUGGAGCACUCUGAUCUACAAAUUUGGAAGAACCGAAGAACUAUGGACCUGAGACCACUUCUUAAAUCACAUUUUCCUUUUGUUAUAUUUGUAGAUAAGUUUUUAUCUUUCAGUAUAAUUUACACAUUGCCAAAUGGGAGAGAUUGUACAUUAAAUGUUUUGUUUCUUUACACUUCACACGCUGAGUUUUGAAAUAUGUUCCUGAAAAUUUUUGUCAUUUUUCAUUGCCUCGACUGUUAAUCUGUACAUAACAUGAAACUGUAUAGUUGGGAUGAUGGGUAUUGGUUUUUUAUUCCUAGGAUGGGAAGCUUGAUGUGUUCACGAUGCCAAGGCUGCCACAUGUCAUUGAAAGAUCACUACCUGGUUUUAGAUUCUCUGAUUUCUGAACUUGGGCAGAAAAUACAGUUCCACUUGUUUGAAAUAAGCACUGAGCCAUUACAAAGAACAAAUUAUAAUUUAUUUUGGCUUAAAAGUGAGAUUUUUUUUUACAAGGAAAAGUGUUCUUAUGUAUUAAAAAUGGACUUUUAUAUGGAGAUUUUUUAAAUACCUGGUUUUGAAAGCCUCUUUUAAAAGUUUUCAGUGUGACUUUGAGAAGUGAUGGGUAAUGCUUGAUCAGAUAAACUCAGUUUUGUACGGUUAAUGUGAAAGACUAAGACAGCUCAGCAGUGUGCUUCUUAAAAGGUCGCUUGAGCAGUCUGUCCAGUGGAGGUCACUCUUCAGCUGCAUUAUCUGACAAUACAAAAUUCAAUAGUAAGCAAGUGUGAGCAACUGCAGUUUAACAGCAUGAACCAUAUAACCAAAGCAGAGUAAUUAGUUUCAAGUUAAAGCAGUUCUUCCCAGUGAGAAUUACUAUGGACUAGUGAAAAAUCAGUUAGGCUGCAAAUCUUUUCACUCCAGCUCUCAAGCUCUGGGGAGCUCUUCCUGCAGAAUAUAUCUUCCGCCUGAAAGCUCAUACUCCCCAGAAACAUCUUUUGCCAGCUUUGAAACACUGUAUUUGCACGCGUGUGUUCACCCCUUAGGACACUCUUCCUUACAUAGGUUUGUUCUAUAGGGAAAAGGCAAUUUUCUAGACUUUGGCUAUAAGACAGAAUAAUAUCAAUGGUAUUAUAUGCAGCUUCUAGUGCAAGCCUUAUUUGCUUAACUUCUGCCGUCUGUGAGGGCAUUGACUGCACAGAGUAUGAAGCAGUUGUGGAAUGCUGUGCCUUUAUCUAGAUCAUCUUGUUUGAUUCCUUCUUUGUUGUUUUGUCCUCACAAUGUCAGUAAACUUUGUCUUGCUUCCAACACAUUGUAAGACUAAGUACUCGUUUCCAUUCUCUUGUAACCUAUUGCAAUAAAUAUUACUUCUGAUACCUUCA